GCGUUGCUGCCUGCUGGACCUGGACGUGCACCCCUCGUCUAUUUCUUUCUCCCUCUCCCUCCCCCCCCCCCCCCCCCCCCUCCCCCCUCCUGGCCUUCCUUUCCUGGCGGCGGCGACUGGGCAAGCUGCGGUGCCCUUCGCACGUCUUCACCGGCGACUAGCACCCACCAGUGCAGGAGGAUGGCGGAGCCGUCCAAGGUAAUCCACAUCCGCAACGUUGGGCACGAGAUUGCUGAGUCUGAUCUACUCCAGCUGUUGCAGCCGUUCGGGCUGGUCUCCAAGAUUGUCAUGCUGCGUGCCAAGAACCAGGCUCUUCUGCAGAUGGAAGACAUACAUGCCUCUGUGAGCGCGCUGCAAUAUUACAGUUCAGUUCAACCUAGUGUAAGGGGAAGGAAUAUAUACAUGCAAUUCUCAUCCCACCAAGAACUUACCACAGACCAGAGCUCUCAUGGAAGGAAUUCUGAUCAGGAGUCUGAACCCAACCGAAUCCUCUUAGUUACUAUCCACCACAUGAUCUAUCCUAUAACGGUGGAGGUUCUACAUCAAGUAUUCAAAGCUUAUGGAUUUGUGGAGAAGAUAGUCACAUUUCAAAAGUCAGCUGGUUUUCAAGCUCUUAUUCAGUAUAACUCGCGCCAAGAAGCUGUGGAAGCAUUUGGUUCUUUGCAUGGAAGAAACAUAUAUGAUGGUUGCUGCCAGCUAGACAUUCAAUAUUCAAACCUCAGUGAACUGCAAGUCCACUACAACAAUGACCGGUCUAGGGAUUUUACAAAUCCAUCAUUGCCUACAGAACAACGUCCUAGGACCUCUCAGCAGCAAGGUUAUCCUGAUCCAGCUGGUCUCUAUGCCUUCCAACAACCUGGAGCUUCGUACGCACAGAUGGGAAGAGUAGCAAUGAUUGCGGCUGCGUUUGGUGGAACGUUACCUCAUGGAGUGACUGGUACCAAUGAACGGUGCACGCUCAUAGUUAGUAAUUUGAACACUGAUAAAGUUGAUGAGGAUAGGCUUUUCAAUCUGUUUUCGCUGUACGGAAACAUAGUACGAAUCAAGAUAUUGCGUAAUAAACCAGAUCACGCCCUAGUUGAGAUGGCUGAUGGUUUGCAGGCUGAGCUAGCUGUGCAUUAUCUAAAGCAGGGCGCAAUUCUGUUUGGGAAGAAACUGGAAGUUAACUACUCGAAGUACCCCAACAUCACGCCCGCCCCUGACGCCCAUGACUACUUAAACUCGAGCCUUAACCGGUUCAACAGCAACGUAGUCAAGAACUACAGACAUUGCUGCGCUCCAACAAAGAUGAUACACAUUUCUGCCCUUCCCCAAGAGAUCUCCGAGGAAACAAUCCUCAACCACGUGUCUGAGCAUGGUUCUGUCGUCAACACAAAGCUGUUCGAGGUGAAUGGCAAGAGGCAGGCUCUCGUCAUGUUUGAGACGGAAGAGGAGGCGACAGAGGCUCUCGUGUGUAAACACGCCAGCUCACUGGAGGGGAACACGAUCCGGAUCUCUUUCUCCCAGAUGCAGAGUAUAUAAGCCGCUCCUCCAGGGAAAGGUCUUUAACCGCUCUCUUGGCCUUUGUGAGCUUUGUUUAGGAAGCAUUUGAAACUAAGAUGUGAAUCCUAUGCGCUGUUCUCCCAGACUGAUGCUCUGUCUGAGCUGUACUACCCUGACAUUCGGUUUCUUCAUUUCUUGUGACACUGGCCUUGCACCAAAGGGUUUUCUCUUCUGUUUCUUCCCUGCUCUGUCGUUUAGGUUAUCAAAGGAUUUUACCCCUUUCAUGUCAUGCUAUUAUGAGUUCAAAGGCCUGCUUAUUGUGUGUGGAUCAUCUCUUA